GCUUCGUUCUCACCUCCGGUAAAAGUACACAGGUAAAAGCGCCGGGCGGAGGCAACUCAAUAUUUUUUCCCCAUUUCCGGCUCUCACCUCCGUCCCCGCCGCCCACCCCGCCCGCGUUCCCCACCACCGGAACCCUCGAUUCCCCACCACCGGAACCCUCGAUUCGCCGUCGCCGGCGAGCAGCCAUGGAUGACGCUGACCCUGAGGAGCCGUCGGCCACCACCCCCGCCCUCCCCGAUGACCUGAUCGUGGAGGAGAUCCUGGUACGGCUUCCGCCCAAGGUGGUCUUGCGCUUCCGCGCGGCUUGCCGCGCCUGGCGCAGCGACACCUCCACGCCGAUGUUUCUCCGCUCCAACUACGACCACCAGGUCCCCCUUCCCCUCGUCUUCUUCUCCAACUGCACCAAGGACCCUGAUACCCUCGACGCCAUCGAUGUCCUCGCGGCCGCGGGGGCCGAGUACCGGCGGACCCUCCUCGCGUUCGGUUGCGGUACGCUUCACGCCUCUUAUGAAGGCCUCCUUCUCAUCUCCCACGAAAACGCCCGCUACACCAUCUACAACCCAGCCACGCGGCAGGGUGUCAGUCUUGCGGAGCUCACCAGCGCUCGAUAUGCUUUGCUCUACUCCUCACGCUCUUCCGAUGGCGGCGUAGAGUGCCGCAUUCUCUUCUGCAAAGGAAGACCUGCCAUGUACCACGUCCUCACGGUGGGCUCCUCUGCACCGCCCAGGCGUAUCCACCUGCCCCAGGGCCCCAAGGAUUUCACCAAGCUGAUGGCUGCAGGGUAGUGGAAUCAUUCAGAUCCAUGAGAUGUCCUAGUGCCCUUCUAGAUGCACGCUUGUUUGAGAUCGAUGGCACUUUUGGCAUGAGCGUGCGGGGUGCACGAGACACAGCAGUGAGUGUCUGGGUAUUGCAGGAUUACCAGGCCGAGGCGUGGACACUCAGGUAUUCUAUCGACUUGGCAAUGGUGGACAGACUUAGAGUAAAGUAUGACUCACGGCACAUGCUGCUGUCCAACGAUGGCCAUCUGCUAGUUUCUUCCGGUGCGGGUUCUACCACCCUUAUUCUGUGUGACGCUCAGGGUACUUUGAUCAAGGAUUUCUCAGUCAAUUCAUGGAACCCAAAAGUCACGGGACUCUCGUAUAAAGAAAGUAUUGUCAGACAUUCUUUCUUUGAGAGUAAGGGCAAACGUCGCAGGCCGCAGGCAUCUUUAUUCAAAAGGCUCCGAAAAGGUAAUCCAAAUUUCUUGCUACAUACAUAUCCGUAUGAUUUAGGAGCUAGAUUUAGUACUAUCAGCCACGCUGUUGGAUUUGGAAGGAAUUGUUUUAUCCUUGUUUUGAGCAUCUUGGAACUCUGGAGUAGAAACGACAUCCUCAGAGAUGCUAUCAGCUUUCCAUACAUAUCAAUCUACCUCAAGCUGCAGAAGUCUGGUAACUAGGUUAGUCUUUCCCAAAUUCUUUGCUUACCAUUUGUAAUCUAGGCACCAAGAACAAAUGUACAAGCCAGGGAGCUAUCACAAUGCUCUUCGUGCGCCUGGUUGAUCCAUUGAAGUUAAAUGUGCUUUACUUCAGUGUCGCUUGCAGCAGGAUUAUUUUGUACUCUGUGCUAACCUGAUUAGAUUCAUAACUCGGACUCAAUAGUUUCCUCCUAUUCUCUCAGCAAACCCUGAACAUAUUUUGACCAAGCUGUCACUUUAUUUGAUGUUUUGGUUCGAAUUUAAAUUCUGCUUUUCGCUGAGACUUUCAGUUCUUCACUGGAGAGGUUCUUUUUAUAUAAGCUUGAUUGUUGGUUGGUCUCCUUUGAUUUGCUCUAUAAUUGAAAACAUAGGUCUGUACUUCUUCCGUUUUGGUCAAGAAUUUGAGAUGAUAUGUUGUGAAUUGUAGUUACAACAGUAUAGUGCCUUCAACCUAUGUACAAUCAAUAUAUUUUAUUCCAUUCAGUAACUUGCAAUAAUCAUGCGAGAUCAGUGAAAAAAAUGAUAUAUAAUUUCCUUUUUACCCUUUCAGUUAUGUGAUAAUUUUUAGGUCUACAUGCACAUGCUAUCUCCAAUUCCACCAUGGUUAUCAUAUAAUUGAUCUAUACAUUUUUUGGUAAAAGGUGCCUAACUUUUGAGUUGAAAAGAAAGUAAUCGAAAGAAGUAUAUUAGCUAAAGUCCAUGGCUUAUUGGAAGCUAUGCAGGGGCCACAGCCAGAUUUUGUACAAAAAGUGGUGUCUCUUAUGUUUCUCCAAGUGUACCCUCAUUUCCAUAAGCUAGGCACACUUGUACUAAAAUUUGAACAGAACAAAUUAGUUUGCCGCUAACUAAACUUUCCAGCUUGACAGUUGAAAAAAAAGAAGAAACUCCUAGUACAAUCACAAACUUUUUUCAACCUUUUGAUUUCUGCGACAGUGCAAAUCAUUAUGGCCCUGAAAGAUGCAACACGUAUUUUCAUAAAAACUAAAGGAUUCCACUUAACGCCCAGAUGCCUUGAUCCAUGUUCUGCCUGGGUGCUAAACCACAGUUUGACCCUUAAGCUUCUCUCUAGUAGUGGCUGGAGAAUCUUGGCCAAAUAGGCUCCUCCAAGAAUAUGCAUGUUUUUGUACGGAUGGGAUCUCAACUUCUUUGUCUGGGUUUCUAUGUCGUUGUAAGCUAUCUAGUUGGGAUAUAGGUAUAUAAUUUUCUACAAGCUUCUGCUAUGAGACUAGGAAGGUUGUGUUUGUCCAUGGGUCGUAGAUCUUUUCGUACUGUAGACGCGUUUUCAGUUGCAUGUCAUGUUUUUAUUAUGGUUAGCUAUCUUGUUCUAUUGAGUCUUCAUGUAUAAACUUGAUGCAAUUAUUUGGUGUAACUGUUUCAAUCCUGGUUUUCAGAUUGCUUGGGAGGUGAAUAGGACCUAGUUUCCUUAGAAGGCAGGGGGUGAUUCUACAAUAAGUUAUUCAGUUCCUUGCGCUUCUGUGUGUUGGUAAAACAUGUGUAUUUGUCUCGAAGAGAUCAAAAGUGUAUUUACUUUUUUUACUUGAUGUGAACAGAGGCUGGUCCAAGGUCUGCAUAAUUUUCUUGAUCAAGUUAACAAUGAGGAAUUCACGAAUCAAUCAGGGAGUUUCUUUUGGAGAUAAAGGAUAAUCAUUAUGAUGCUAGGACAUGUGCUGUCAGGUUGAAGGCUACGGUAUGGAACUAGCUAUCCUAAUUUAAUCUGUACUUUUUUGUUCGAAGUUCAAAUUUGCAUGGUUCUGUUCGGAUUGGAAGCAUGUGAAGAUCAUGGCAUAUGAAAACCACAAUUUUUAUGCGCCAUGCAUAAAAUACCAUUGUUUUUAUUCGAAAAGUUGCUUCAUACUCUAACCAGCUCUUAUUUCAGAAAUCUAUUGAAGCUAUAUAAAUUUAGUCUUGACUAUGCCUUUUAAUCUUUGGGCAUGUACUUCUAUUGUCGGCAGACUUAGUUUAUGAAUAUGAGAGCUAUAUAAAACAGGAAGUUUGGGUUUGUGUGUUGCAAUAAUCAGACCUUAUGCAAUUCUACAGACCAUGCUAAACAUCAGUGAAGUACCAACAUUAAAUAAUUCUGAUGGAAAACUAAGAAGGUAUAGUAUUGGCUCAUCUUGAGGGUAUUGACCUCAUGAAAGCAGUACUUUUCUUCCUCUGCUUUGAUAGUAUAGUACCGUCAGUAUUACAAGCAGUCACUUUGGCUGCAGUAUUCUUGCAUGUGUAAAACUCGUUGUGGACAAAUGAUCAGCCAUUUGCAAAACGUCAGGUUUUUCUUUAGUUAUUGUUGUUAAAGUACAUAUAUAUUGACUAUAAAUCUUGGAUAUGGGUAACAAGUCGAGUCUAAGGAGUACCUUAAUCAUUCGAUAUAAAUUUAGAGCUUAUUGUUUGAUUGUUUCCCAAAAGAACAAUGUUGGGGCUUGGGAUGGUUUGAGUUGCUCUGGGCCAGGUACGCCAUGAACUUCUUGUGGGGGAUGCAAAGUUGCAACCAUUUCUCUUGCUUGAUGUUGAGGAAUUCCACUUUCGUCAACCUUCUUCUUUUAAACUGGGGUUUCACUUCAGAGCUAAAUAAAAUGUGUGACUUAUUGCUUGGUUUCUAUGCACUUGGUGAUAUGUGAGCCUUAUGUUAGCUAUGUCAAAAAGCUGAUGGAAACUGUCACUUAAAGUGUUUCUGAUCUGUUCUUUGUGUCAAGAAUUAGUCGCACUACUAUCCUGUUAUCUCUGUUGUUUUUGGGAGUACUGUUCCCCCUUCAUUGCAAAAAGAACAGCAGAACCACCAUUUUGCAGUGCUGUCUGACUUUGUCUCUACAGUUAGGUUACAGUUCAUUGUAUUCAAUCUGAGGCGUCUGUGCACUUGUUGCAUCCUUUGUUCCAGCUGUUCUGCUGAUGAUUGAACCAAAUACACGUCAGAGUAGACAGCAGCGUGGCUAUGCACAUUAUAUAAGUUCCCAGUGUUAAUAACUACCAUUUGGAACUACAUUUUUUUUAGUAUAAGCAGGCUCCUGCCCAAAUCAUAAGUUACAUAGAUACUAAGUAUUACAUACUUAUUUAUCCCUCUAACUUGAUAUUGGAUCAGCUACUUUCAGGCACUGACAGAUCACUUCCGGUCAUUGCGCAUGUCAAGAAAAGCUUGGGGCUACAAUGCCGAGACUAACUUUUGUGUUUCUCGCCACUUGGGCCUGCAAUGUGAAGACUCGUAGACAAUGUUUAGAAUGUGACGCUCUAAGUUGAUUACUUACCACAAGUACGAUGUCUUGCUGUAUGGAGUUUGUAGGCACCCAUGGUUGGUUGCUCUUUGACUAACAUGAAGCAUGUCCUUGUUUUGAGAUGAUAA